CCGCCGCGCCACCUUUGCAGCGCUGCCCCGGUUCACGCCGCCGUGCACUGGUCUUCUUGCCCUCGCUAAGCAUACCCACCCCCUUCCCGGUCGGUGCAAUAAACUUUAGCUGCAGAGGGGAAGCGCUGCGAGAGGCGGCGGCAGCUCGGCGGGUCUUGUGACGGGGCAGCUCCGAGGAUGGAAGCGGGCGCGUAUGGAGCGGGCAAAGCCGGAGGCGCCUUCGACCCUCAGACCUUCCUCCGGCAACCUCACACCAUCCUCCGGCUUGUCUCCUGGCUUUUCUCCAUCGUUGUAUUUGGCUCCAUUGUGAAUGAAGGCUACAUCAACAAGCCAAGUGAGUCGAAGGAGUACUGCAUCUACAACAGCAACCAGAAUGCCUGCAACUAUGGCAUCACCGUGGGAGUCCUUGCCUUCCUCAGCUGCCUUCUUUACCUGGCGCUAGAUGUCUACUUUCCACAGAUCAGCAGUGUCAAGGACCGCAAGAAAGCUGUGCUGUCUGAUAUUGGUGUAUCUGGCUUCUGGGCAUUUCUCUGGUUUGUCAGUUUUUGUUUCCUGGCUGACCAAUGGCGUGUUUCAAAGAAAGAAGACAACCCGCUGAAUGAAGGAGCAGAUGCAGCCCGAGCGGCCAUCACAUUCUCUUUUUUCUCUGUCUUCACCUGGGUGGGCCAGUCAUUUCUGGCAUUCCAGCGAUACCAACUUGGAGCCGAUUCAGCCCUCUUCUCCCAGGACUACAUGGACCCGAGCCAAGAGGCCGGCAUGCCUUACGCACCCUACACGAACGAGGAUGACACUACAGAUAGCAUGGGGACGUACCAACAUCCCCCUUCGGUGGAUGCUUUUGAUGCUGAGACACAGGGGUACCAAGCACAGGACUACUGAGAGCCGGUGGAGCCCUCCCCUCCCUCCCCCCCCCCUCGCUCCCCUCUGCCACCAACAAGCCAAGGUGCAAAACAGACAUGUGUGUUCCAGAGCAACCAGUGGCCCUCAGCCACUCCCAGUCUCCUAGGGUCUCUGUUUUUAUUUCUUAUUUUCUAAUCAGAAAAAAGCCCAACACCACCUCCUCUCUCUUCCGCAUUUUCCACCCAAAGCAAAUUGUCGAUUGCAAAAUGUUCUACUGUCCAUGUUGCAGGGAGAGUUUGUUCUCUCUCUUUGCCUGGGGAGCUGCUGCAGGCAGGAAUGUGGUUCACACUCUCCGUAGGGGGAAGAGGGAAAGGACCUCAAGAUAGUGCUGGUGAUGUAAGGCACAGCCGUGGGACCAGCGGAGGGAUGACUGGGUGAGGUAGAGCCAGAGGGUGCCAUGGCUGCGCGUGAGAAUAAGUAGUGUGAAAACAGAACAUGACCUGAACAGGUGGGGAACAAAACACCUAUGAGUGAGGGGUGUGAGUGAGCAUGCAGGCAUGCAAGGGUGAGUGAUGUAAAUGGCAGCAGGAAGGUGUGUGUUGUGUGCAAAUGGAUCUCAAAUAGGUCUGAGGUUUACCCUUUAGCUGAGAUCAUAGGGGUUGGAUUUAAGCCCCACAUCCAGUCCUGUCGAUUGGCAGCACUGGACUGAAAUGGACACUAGACUGGCUAGUUAUCAUGAAUGCUUUGACUAUGCUGGAGUCCUCCUUUACCUUUUGACUGCAUUUUGCCUCUUGGAAAUUGGCCACAAGCAGGUCCCACCACAAUCUCAUACUGCAGCUAGGUGCUCUUGUCCUCGGCUUGUGUUUUGGAAAGGCCCUUGGAGUGCACAUCUGCAGUUUGAGCAUCUGGUAGAAGUCUCGUUGAGCUGGUUCACCAAGAGCAAAAUGCAGGUGAAAGAUAAUCCAAGCUGAAAAGGUACAGUCAAACUGGUUGUGAGCAUUUGUUCGGGGUGCAAGACAGCUCUUGACAUCAGGGUGAGGGACGUAAUUUCUACCCAUUCCACAGCAAGCUACCACACAGUCUGGUGAAUUUUGUUUAAUUUGUUUUUAAAAAUGUAUGGAGGAAAGGUGUUGAGAGCAUGUGUAUGGUGGAAGCAUGUGGGAACAUUUUCUGUCCCAAUCAAAAUCCAUAGGAAUGUGUAGAUUUAAACCAAGAGGGUCAAGGGCUGAUUAUUUUAUGUGAUGACAAUCCAGUGAAUUUUGAUCUGUGAAUGGUUCAACAGAUGUCCUGAUCACGACUUACCAGUGUUAGACUGGAAUGAUGUGGGAUCCCAAAUCCAGGAUAGAGACCUUUUAUUCUCUUCUCCCUUUGAUUCAAAUUCCCAUCUAAUAGUUUGCCUUUAGUAGAAGCUCAUGGCUCCAAUUUCAGUGGUGUGAUUCCAUUCUGUGUUUCAGUCAGAACUCUUCAUAGAGCUAUCCAAGGUGCUGAAACCUAUUUGUGGGCAGGGUUCAUCAUCUUGGACAGCUCUUUUAGAGUUCUGGCUGUUUCUGACAAACUCAGAGAGGAUUCAUAACCCCAUUGAAAACAGAGCCACCAGCCUCUAUUGGUUGUCCCCAGGAUGACCAAAUGCACAGUGGAGUUCAUUUGGGAAAACAACCAUCUAUUGCCAACAGGGGCCUGGGACACCCACUCCUGAAAGCAUUAACCCAACUUGACUGAAUCAAGCCUUAGUUGUACAAAAUUACUCCAGUUAUAUUCUAGCAUAUUAGGCAAACCCUCUCUCCAAAAGCUGUCUUUUGCUGUUGGUUUUUAUGGAGCUUGUUUUCCUGAGUCAAGUAAUAGUGAAAGGGAGGUAAUAAUCUGAAUGAUUUCCUAGGAAUAAGUCACACCCAUGGGUUAGUUAAAGUGUACGACAGCCUGAUUCACUGCAGAUUACUCAAAAUUAAGCCCCAUCCAGUUAAGUAGGACUUACCCCUGAGACAAUGUGCCUAUCUGGUUGCGUACAUCCUAACAAAUUUCUAAAGAGAGGUACCAGGAUCAAAACUUGCUCUUAAGCCACAUCCAUAGUAUUAGCUAACAUAUAGCAACCCUUCUACAGAGCCUCAUUAACAUGACCAUAUGUUCUGUAUAGUGUAAUAAAGCAAAACCCGACUGCUUGUUAACUUGCCACAUAGAGGCACCCUCAGUGGUCACAAUCCUUUUGACGAAGAAUACUAUGCUAGAGAAAGAAUUCAUGGGACUGGCUUGUUUGGGAUACUUUGCCAUUCAACCUCAAGACUACCAUGGGCUUUGCCAAGUGGGAAGGGGAGAUUUCUAUUCCACUGGAUACAUUGGCUGGGUUCAUACAACACGCUAAACCAUGGGUUAUCGUGUUGUCUGAACACAGUGCAUUUUUCACAGGAUGGGUUAACUUCUUGUCUGAACACAAUGUGUUUAGAGCAGGAUCAGUUACCAUGUUGCCAGAAUGCAGCACAUUUUCCACAGGGUGGCUUGUUAACCAUGCACAUGAUUUAUUUUUCUCAAACAAGCCACCUUGAGAACCCAUGGCUUGUUGGGUUGUUCAGGAUGGUUAACAAGCCACACCAGAAAAAACACUGCAUUCAGACAACAAAAUAACCCACCCUCUGGAAAACAUGCUGUGUUCAGACAACAUGCUGUAUUUGACAACCCACACUGGGUGGAUUAGCGUGUUGUGUGAACUCAGCCAUUCUGUAGCUUUCCUGGAAUUAAGAGGGAAGCCUAUUUAGCUCUAGUGCCAAAUGGGUCAUCUGUCAUCCCCAUUAUCUUUGUUCUCAAGAAUAACAAACUAGAACUCCCACUAUGAAUACUUUGCUGUGCUGGGAGAAAAGACUGUUGGGUUAGCCCAGGAAGGGUCUACACUUUCCAGACUGGACAGGAUCAGUCAAAGUACACCCACUCCAUUAUUAUGUAUGUCUCCAGUUCAUCUUAUCGGAGUCUAACCUUUCAUAAGCAUUUCAGAAUGGCUGGGAGAGCUACAAAGAAAGCACGUCCCUUGCUUCUUCAAACAUCUGUUGGGACACAUUUGCAAAACCACACUCUUACUUGGGAGUAAUCAGUUUGAAAUAAGGACUAGUUCCACAAUUCACUGCUAUUCUGGAUGGGAAGAAUAUGCACCCUUUGGGGGAUUUCUGAUCACAUUUCCAUGCAGGUGGAGGAAGUGACCCAAAUUAGGGUGCUACAGCUUCUUCACCCGGGGUCCACUGCUGCGUCCUGUGUUUGAUUCCUAAUUUCUGCUCUCCAGAAAGCUGGCUCUCUGUUCACGUGCCUCUCCUUGUGAGCCUUGUUACCCUUAAGUGUUUUAUGCUUUCUACAUCUCUGGAGAUCAUUCUUUCUGGUUAAUUAUAAGAUUUGCUGUGCUGAGAAAUAAAGGGUGAGGGUGAGAUGUAUGGACUUCUGAAUGAGCACAUCAUGAAACAAAGGUAUUGCAGGCCACUGUAAAGAUUUUAACCUGUCCCUGGGUUAAUGUUUACCAUCAGCAUAUAAUAACACAACUAGGAGCAGAAAAUCCCAUUAAAACAGCACUUCAUAUCUUCUCAGAGCUGCAGACGGUCCUUGGUGGAAUACAGCUAACCAGCAUCAAGAAAAAAGAAAAAAAGCACAUUAAUCAUGCUUUUGUAGAAAUGUUGAUCUGCUUCUGGUUGUAGCAUUAUACCUCAAUGGAAGCAUUUGGCAAGGGUCAGUCCAGAAACACUUGUCUUGGUUUAUAAUGUGUUGAUGCAGCAAUCCAACCCACCCUAACUGUUACUUAGCUCAGCAAGUCUUGCCGAGGGCCAUUUCUCCCCUAGAGGAAAGCACACAACACUGGAGAUUUCACAGGGCUGAACUACAUCUUACUGUAGCCUUAAAAGUAUGACGAUCAGGACAGUCAGAAGAACAGAGUACCACCUGCCCGAAGCCCAGAAAUUACAUAGCGCUAAGCCCAUGGUGGGUAGGCAGUGAUCAACUCUGAUACUUCAGGCAUUAAGCUUCCCUACCCAUAUGUAAAGAAGCCAAAGGUGCAUCUUUGUACUGCUGAAAGGGUUAGAGCCUUAAACGCACAUACUUGUAUUUUACAAAGCUCCCACAACCUUGUACUUAAUGUAUGUGUGGCUGAGCUUUCUAACAUAAGAGCAGUACCUUUGUGUGGCUGCUUCCCUAUACACAUUUUAAAAUGUGAGUAAAGAAGUACAGCAUUUGAAGCACAUCUGGAAUCCGUUACCCCAAGAUGUAGUAAUGGUCGCCAAUUUGGAUGGCUUUAAGAGGGAGCUGGCUAAAUUCCUGGAGGAGGAGGCUAUCAAUGGCUACUAGUCCUGAUGGCUAUGUGCUACCUCUGCUAUCCGAGGCAGUAAGCUUAUAUACCAGUUACUGGGGUACAUGGGUGGAAGGGUGCUGUUGCACUGUGUCCUGCCUGUGGGUCCCUAGUUAAUAGCUGACUGGCCACUGAACACAGUGCUGGACUAGAUGGACCCUUGGUCUGAUCCAGCGAUGUCCUGAUAGGCCCUUUCCAAUCCUACUAUUCUUUGAUUGUUAUGUUCUUGCCUGUUGCUGCUUCCCUUUGCUAAAUACCAGGUUAGGAAAAGGAUAGUAUAAAGCUUUCCCAUAAAAGACGGGAGCCUUCCUUUAAGUGACCAGAGGUCUGCAGGGUCCCCCGUCCCCCCGGCUUUAACUGCAGAAGAAGAGAACAUGGGACUUCUAGCAAGGGUGAAAUGUGGGGGAGGAACCCCUUUAACGGUUUCCAUUCUUCCCCUGCUGUGUGGUCUGCAUGCUGGUGUGACUAUGUGGAAUUGCCUCUACAGCCUUUCUAUUGGCACCUCCUUCCCAGAGAUUCAUUAUGCACUGUGUGUGGCUAGCAGAGAGUGAGAGAGAGAGAAGUGAUAGUCUGUUGCUCACAUAAAGCACAAAGAGGAACUAAGUCCCUUGCUUUAUGGUCCCAGGUAAACAAUAUUAUAUAGGGCUUGAAGGAGGGGGGAUAUGAUCUCCACCCCAAAGCUUUUCUUCUAGUGGGAUGGCCUAAUAUUUAGGCUUGUGGGUGGGGUGGGUAUUUUACUGAGUGGGUUUCUUUCUAAGGUCAGGGAGAGGUCCUUCCUUUUCAUCUCUUCCCCCUGGAGGGAAAGAGAGUUGUGGGAUUGGAGGGUGGAAAUUCCAGUGUUGCAAAGUUUGUGUCAAUUGCAUGCUUUCAUGUGGGGGUGGAAGGGGAGAUGUUCCAUUCCUCAACAUCUGUUCUGUUCUCUUACCAGAGAUUAAAACGGGGUUCUGCCUUGGGGAAUAGGCCAAGACUGUGUUAAACUGUAUGCAUACAAAAUGGAUCCAAACUUCUUAUGCUAUGGGGAUUGUUUUUAUGCCCCCUUCUCUGUCACAUAUGGAUGGAUUCCUAAAUCCAAACAGGAAUACUUCACCCAUUUACACACAUUGCCCCUCGUGUAACUAGAAGACUCCACACACAACUGUGAUGGAACAUGUAAGGUUGAUAGGCCACAAUCUAUAUGUUAGAUGCAAGUUAGACCAUUGAUUGCAGUUAGUAUUAGCACACCUAAUUCCAUU